GUUAAUUACAAGGGUUUAAAACCAUUGCAGAUUUCGUGCUGAGACUGUACGUUCAUUCAUUUUGAAUAAAUGUUUUUGUCACAUCAUACAAUAAUACAUGUAUUGUGUGCAUACAUGAAAAAAAUGUAUUCUAAAGAAUACAAGCAUUUUAAAAAUCACACUAAUUAACACUACCCUAAACAAUGUUUUUGUUGAACUUGAUUAUCUAGUGAUACCUUUUCCUUGAUAGAUGAGGAGUCGAAGAUCCAACCCAUAUGACUAUGCCAAAACCCUACCACGGGGCUAUGUGGAUCUCUUUCUGUAUCAGUAUAUUGAUGAUGAAACCUGUGGUUGCUAACCCAUGACAAUGGAUCUCCCUGCAUCAUACCACUCAAAGUUAUUAUGUUUAAUUAUUACUAUUUAAAAGAACCCCACUAUAAAAAAAUCUCACUAAAAUGAUGUAUUUUAAAGAAUACAAUCAUUAUAAAAAAAAGCUCACUAAAAUAUAUUAAUAUAACAUGUAGUUUUCAACUUGCUAGUACUAAAAACAAUACCAAAAUUGAAAGUCUCUAGUCUGAACUCGGGAGAAGCUAAAUUGUUUUAUGUUCAUCCUAAAAAAAACAAGACGAUCAAAUGCAUAAGAAAUGAUAAAUUAAUACAUACGAAUUUCGGAUAAAACGGGAUGUUAAGGUUUGCAUUUCACGGCCUUGAAAUAACUCGAAUUAUUCAGAAAAGAAAAGAAAAAAUUAAGAUCUAAAGAAAUUACAAUACUACUUCAAUCUGUAACUUCUUCUAAUUAACUAAAUAGUUACGUACCUGAAGUGCAUGAACGCCGCAAUAAGCAAACGUAUAUUCAAGCCACUUGGGGAGCUUGAAGCUCUUGUGAGUGAGAUGCCUGUGGUAACUGAGGUUGAUACCCAAGAGGCUCGUCACGAUCCCGAUCAAAAGCCCGACCCCGAACCUACUCCAGCUGAAGCAAAACAGACCGCAAAAGCCCAGCAGAUGCGUCGCGGAAACGCUCACGACGGCGAUCUUGUCCCAUUUCGUCCAUUUCUUUUCGCGACGGCGACGCAGGCGGUGGUCAUUAAAACCCUUCUGGCCUUUAGCUCCCGCUUCUUGUAGCAGUGAUUCUCCCACGGCUACCAUUUCUCUUCUCGUUCGUGCUCAAUCGUUUUCUGAUCUUUUGAUCUUUGUCUAAGUUAUCUUGCUGAGUGUGGUUGUGAAAGGAGCUAAGUAGCCCCGUAUUGGCACGUAUAUAUAGUUAUAUAAUAUUACCCCAUGCGAUUUUAUGGCCACCAGGACGGACCCAUGGGUGUCCGGGAGAUCACUUAAAUUUUGGAAAAGCGAUUAUCUAACUCCGAUGGUAAUUUACGUAUGCACAAAAAAUUAUAAUUAAUAGUUCGGGACAUCCUAAAAUUUGAAAAUUCGAUUUUCUUACUCUUGUUUGUAGUUUGCGUAUAAGAAUAUAAGUGGUAGUUUGGGUAAUUCAAACCCAAGACACUACUAUUACUAAUAUAUAUAAUUUCUAUUAGGCUACAACUUUUUUUUAUUGUUCUAUUCUAAACACCGUGUAAUAGCAAAAUCCUAUUCUCUAUCUUUAAUUAUUAUCAAAACCUAACAAUUAAUCUAAUUACAAGUUACCCUUAAUUUGUGUUGAUUUUAUAUAUAUGGUUGUAUACGACAAGUGUUGAAAGUGUAUUUUCAACUUGGAGUUACGUCAAGAACAAAUUUAGAAGUCGAAUAUGCGUCAGUUCGUGAAUGAUUGUCUAGUAGGAUAUACCGAGACAAAUUUGUUGAGCAGGGUAGACAACAAGUGUAUUUUACAAUUUUUUCAGAAUGUCAAAAUACAUCAUGAACUUUUUUUUAACUUGUACGAGUUGGAUAUUUUCUUAUUUAAAAUUAUUAAUUAUUAUUUAUAUUUUAAUUUAUUUUUUGAAUAAUGACACUCUUAUAUAAAAUUCCUAGGACCACCACCGACUACCACUUGAUGUUUGGAUGCAUUUAUUCUAUCUGUAUGUCCGGAUUAGAGCCAAGGUAUUGAGAUGCAUUUUCUUAUUAUUAUGUUUGAAGAUUGAUCAUACAAUAUUAAGUUUUGGGAUAUUGGUAAAUGGGAGAAGAUGUGGUGCUAACAUCACUUAGUAUUAGCACGUUGCUAACACUUUUAAUAACGUUACUAUAGUAAUUAUAUUUUCUCAUUUCCCUUAUAUCUUCUCCUAAGUCCUAUGUUACUUUCAUUAGGCUCACCACAACCCGAAGGCUAAAAGAUAAAAAAUGCCAUUUUAACCUUCAAAAAUCAUCUUCAUCAAGGGGCAUAUGAAGGGGCUAAAUGACUAAAACUAGUUUUUGGGAACUAAAAUAACUCCAAUUUGUGAAGGAGCAAAAGAGGGGCUAUAUGGUAGGACCCGCCAGCCACUCACUCCAUUCCCUUUUUAUUUUUAUUUUUGUUUUCUUAUAUGUUUAAAUGGGUUUUUAUGUUAUUUUAGCCAACGAAAUCGAUUUCGAUGGAACUUUCAUCUAUUUGAUUUCAAUUUGAAGACCAGAAGUUAUAUUCAAUGAACAAUUUUCAUCGAAUAACAAAAGUAUCUCAUAAAUUGAUUAAUUAAUUGAUUUCUAUUUAAAAUAAAAUGUACAUGUUUGUUAUAGUGUUUUUUAAACCAACGAAACUCAUUUCGUUGUAACUUUCGACCAUUUGAUUGUCAUUUCAAGUCUAAAAAAUAUAUGAUUUUUUUUGAAAAGUUCGUCCAUUUCAACUAAAAAUAAAAGUGUCUCCGAAAUUGUUCAAAGUCUUGAAAAUUUUGAUGAACUAAGCUCACUUCGUCUAACUUUCGUCCAACUAAAAACAAAAGUAUCUC